AUGGUAAUGGAAGACAUCCCCAAGUCGUUUAGAGUGAGGUCAGAGGAUGUGACCGUCUUCAAAGACAAACAUAUUGGAGCUGGAAAUUUCGCGGAUGUUUUUAAGGGUAAAUUAGUUGCUUUAUAAUAACUUUAAGAAUUUGAAAAGGAAACGAACUUAUUGUAGUUUAUGUUUUAGGUACGUAUCACAAGAAGGGAAGCAAAGGAGGUAUGGAAGUGGCAGUCAAAGUGAUCAGAGCUGGUCCUACCUUGAAUUCAGUUGAAAAAGAAUCGACGCCAGCCUGGCUUCACGAGAUUCGUAAUGAAGCCAUGAUUAUGACAUUGUUUGAUCAAGAACAUCUUAUUUUACUUUAUGGUUAUUCGGACGUCGACAUGGAUGCGGUAAGUUUAAUGCUUUAGAUAAUACUGGUUUUGUUAAUUUAUUUGAAACUAAUAAUGAUGCAGAUAUUGAACAUAAAUUUGCUUUUUUCAGAGCCCCUUCCAACCUCCGUUUAUAGUCCUCGAGUAUUGUCCUGGUGGAUCUUUGGAUGUAUACCUUCAAGCUACUAAGAAUAUCUCUGUUGGAGGUAUGAUUUGUAUUUAAUUUCAGGUUUUGUUGUCGAUAUCCGAUACUUAUUAUGUGUUUUAGAAAAGGUGUUAUAUUUGAAGGAAGUGGCAGCAGGAAUGAGAUUUCUGGAGAAGGAGAAGAUUGUCCACAGAGAUUUGGCAUCAAGAAACGUACUGAUCAAUACCUGUGGAUUACUCAAAAUCUCAGACUUUGGAUUGAGCAGAUCGCCGAACGUCAAGGAAAUGCCAGAAACUACACAUAAUCAGGUAAGAAAUAGAAGUAUUCUGUAAAAAACGUCUUUUUGUUGAAUAGGAUGAGACAAUUUUCAGUAAAAUACGAUGAGAAGAUUUUAAAUUUUAUUUUUUCUUUGAUUUAGAUUCCAAUUAGAUGGAUGGCUCCAGAAUCCUUGCUACGAACACCUACUUUUGAUAACAAGAGUGAUAUGUGGGCUUAUGGGGUAUUCAUAUAUGAAGUGUUCACAGCAGGAAAGAAGCCUUGGCCAAACAAGCCUGUUAAAUGGAUUGCUACACAGAUUAGGAAGCUUCAGAUGCCACAUCUGCCCAGUUCCAUGCCAAAAGUCAUCAAGGAUAUUAUUCAGCACAAGUGUUGGGUCAAAGCUGACGAGCGCUGGACUUUUGCACAGGUAAGUAUUUUGUUGUGUGGGUUUAUUGUUGGUGUAAAUACUGUUUGAAUUCGUUAUAAAAGUAAGCAGAUGUUAUGUUAUUUUAAGGACAUGAUUGUGUAUAUACGAAACGUUGGUUAAAUCUCUACCAUUUACAGUUACAUUCCGUGUUGUGUUUGUUGUCAAUCACAUUGUUCACCACGUCCAGAGCUUCGAUCUAUGCCUAUUUGGAGAAGAAAGGUGUGGCACAGAAUUCCAAAGGUCGCGACAAAGUGGAGAAAUGGGAUCGUGACAGUUCUUUGGUCGAAUGGUCAGAAACCAAGGACAUUGCGAAGCACGACACGGUACCAGCAAGACCAGUCGACGGAAAUUGUGUGUUAUACUCGAAAAAGAAAGGUGAAAAGAGAGAGGUUUGUAUGUUAUAUUUUCCUUAACUACUUUCAUAGUAAACCAUAUUCUUUUCUCUAAGAUGACAUAUUAUAUAGACAUUGCAAUAUAUAUUGUCAUAGCAUUUUUUCAGCGGAAGAACAGCAAGACAAACAGGGAACUGAACAAAACUCCUGCUAUUAGUCAUACAACAACAACUAGUCAAGGAAGCAGCGAGGACCGUAACCGAGAAUCAGAAGGUCGUAAACAUGCAUGA